AUGAACAAGUACGACUGCGCAUCCAACUAUCCGUGCAAGCAUGAUACAUUUUUCAGUCCCAAGUCUGUUUAUAGACAUAUCGACCCAACCAAAUUUAUAUAUUGCAUCUUUUGGUCAUGUGAAGAAGUCGAAUGUCCAGAGGAAAUGUUUUGGUUCCAGGAUAUACACAGAUGUUUAAUAGCGGUAGACUACGAGAAGUUGAAAGGAUUUUUGAACGUGGUGGAAGAGAAAGAAAACCACACUGAACACAUCCAUGAAAUGAAAUUCGGAUUCUACAAUAAGACAAUCGACGUGGAUUUCAACACUAGCUACACGCACGAAGAUAACAGCACACAUUCCGCAACGAGUUUAAAUUCGAGGAGAAAAAAGAGGAAAAAGAGAACAAGGAAACAGACGGGAUCGCUUCUGCCACUUCAAACAUUUCCGACAACAUUUCAUGAAAGUGCCACAAGCUGGGGCUGGGGCUCUUCAGCACAUGUUCAACAUUCAACGAGGCUAACUUCUAACAAGCAGACAACUGUCGAGAAACCUCCUACAUCGACAUUUCAAAAAGGGUACAGAUCCAAAAGAAGGAAAGCAACACAACUUGAAAAUUCAACAACAAUAAAAACAACUAUUCGUGUAAUAUAA